AUGCCCUCAGACAAAGCCGCCUACCUAGCAGCCCAUUACCUCUCCACCGACCCGCCCAACAAAUCCUCCUCUUCCACCUCCAAAAAACGCAAGCGCAAGAACAAAUCAGCAGAAGAUGGCCUCAUUAUAGCCGACGACGACGACACCUCUUGGGCCCAAGCCACAAAACGCGAUUCUGACGAUGACGAUUUCGAUGGUCCCGUGCUCGCUGCGGUGGUAGUAUCAGCUGAUUUUCGCAAAGCCAAAAAAUCCGGAUGGAAAACCGUCGGCUCUUCAUCAGCCUUCACAAAACAGGCCACAACAAGUACCACGACAAAUUCCACAAAGGAGGACAUAGACGCCGCGGCGGCCGCCGAUGCGAUCCUAGCGCAAACAGCUGCCGAAACAGCGGCACUGGCGCGCGAAGCGGGCGGGGAUGAUGAAGUUCUCGUCGUCGACACCACAACGGGGGCAACGGCCCUCACGCGGUCGCACCAACCGGCCGAAACAGCCACGCAAGCACCCAUCAUGUCCAACGGGACGCACGCGGGACUACAGUCCGCAUCCGCCAUCACUGCUCAGUUAAAGGCUCGCCAAGAAGCCGAGCGUCGCGAGUUGGAGAGGAUCCGAGCCGAACGCGACCAGCAGCAUCCGGAAGACCAGGAGGAGCUAGUGUUGCGCGACGCCACCGGUCGACGAAUCGAUGCUUCCAUGCGACGUGCGGAAGCGCGCAGACAACAAGCCGAAGCUGAACGCAAGGAAGCAGAAAAGAAACGUGCCCUCAAGGGCGAAGUCCAACUCGAGCAAGCGCGGCGGAGGAGGGAAGAACUAGAAGAAGCCAAACUGAUGCCUCUUGCCCGUUCCAAAGACGACGAACAACUCAAUGCCGAACUUAAGCAGCAGGACAGAUGGAAUGAUCCCAUGGCGCAGUUCCUUGCCCCGGAAGAAGUCAAGGUAAAGGGAAGGAGAAAAGAGACGGCGGGGAGGAGACCGACGUACAAAGGACCGGCACCGCCGAAUCGGUACGGCAUCAAACCGGGCUAUAGGUGGGAUGGAGUGGACAGGAGUAAUGGAUUUGAAGCAGAACGGUUCAAGGCGAUUAAUCGGCGGGAGAGGAACAAAGGCUUGGAGUAUGCUUGGCAGAUGGAUGAGUAGUUUCUCCACCCAACAUGGGAUUGCUCUAGAAGGGUUACGGUGAUGGUG